UAAUAGUAUUUCCCAAAAAAUUUGCUGUGCGCUCGCAAAUCUUUCUCUCGACUUUUAAACUCUACUCACUGGUGGCGGCAGUGGCAGCGGCAUCAUCACCCAGCAUGUGAUGUGACGAAUGAUGAUGAACAAUGAGGAGAGGAUUACAGCUCCAGUUUGAUCGAGUUUCUUGGUUGCUGAGACAGUGCUCCACCCCCAAACACAUCCAGCAAGCUCAUGGAUUUAUGGUCCCCCGAAGCCUUGUUCACGAAAAUUUUAUCCUCGCCCGAUUCAUCGACACCUGCUCUUCUCUCGGCCUCUCAGAUUACGCCUCUUCCGUCUUCGCCCACUGCCCAGCCACUCAUCAGCCAACUAUUUAUCUCUACAACACCAUGAUCAAGGCUCACGCUCUCUCCCCCUCCCCCUCCCGCGCCGUCUCUCUUUUCAACUCCAUUCAACUCGCCGCCUUGCGCCCUGACUCCUACUCCUUCUCCUUUGUGCUCAAGGCCGUUGUCCGCUUGCUCCAACUUCAACUGGGCGCUCAGAUUCACUGCCACGCCAUUGCCACUGGGUUCGCCGCCGAUGCCAACGUCCUCACUGCCCUCGUUCAUAUGUAUUCCUCCUGCGGAUGCGUUUCCCACGCCCGCGCGCUGUUUGAUGGAGCUUUCUUUGUCAGGGAUGCCGCACUCUGGAACGCAAUGAUCGGGGGGUAUGCCAAGCUCGGUGACCUCGACAGUGCCCGCCAUGUGUUUGAACUUAUGCCCCAUAGCAUUCGGAACGUGAUUUCUUGGACUGCCCUGAUUGCCGGAUACGCCCAGACGAACCGCCCCCACGAGGCCAUCACCGUCUUCCAGAGAAUGCAGGUUGAGAAUGUUGAGCCUGAUGAGAUAGCAGUGUUAGCCGCACUCUCUGCGUGUGCCCAUUUAGGUGCCCUUCACUUGGGGGAGUGGAUCCAUAACUACAUUGACAGGCAUGGAUUUCGUAAGCUGGUUUCUCUUAACAAUGCACUUAUCGACAUGUAUGCAAAGUCAGGCAACAUCAUGAAAGCCCUUCGGGUUUUUGAAAAUACCAAGUGCAAAACUGUCGUAACUUGGACGACCAUGAUUGCUGGACUGGCUCUGCAUGGUCUUGCAAGAGAAGCCCUUCAAAUGUUUUCUCAAAUGGAAAGGGCUCAAAUCAAGCCUAACCAUAUCACUUUCAUCGCCAUCCUUUCUGCUUGUAGCCAUGGUCGAUUGGUUGAACUAGGCCAUUGGUAUUUUAACAUCAUGAUCUCCAAGUAUGGGAUUGAACCCAAGAUCGUUCACUAUGGCUGCAUGAUCGAUUUACUUGGGCGCGCCGGUUAUCUUGAAGAGGCACAUGAGCUGGUUAAGCAGAUGCCUUUUGAAGCAAAUCCAGCUAUAUGGGGUUCUCUUCUUGCGGCUUCUAAUAUACAUGGGCAUGCUGAGCUUGGGCAGCAUGCUUUACAACAUCUUAUAAUGCUCGAGCCCCAUAACAGUGGAAACUAUGCACUUUUGUCUAACAUAUAUGGUGCUCUAGGUAGGUGGAAUGAUUCUGGGAUGCUAAGAAAAAUUAUGAGGGACACAGGUGUGAAGAAGGCGCCGGGAGGGAGUUCAGUAGAAGUGAAUAACAGAGUCCAUGAAUUCAUGGCAGGAGACAAAUCACAUUCAGAGUGCACUAGGAUAUAUGGAGUCCUGUUUAAGAUUUUCAGGCAGUUGAAGCCGGCUGGACAUCUACAAAAUGAUUGUGAGGAGCUGCUUGAAUUUGAUGAAUAGCCAUUAGCCAGGGUUUGAUACUCCACUUCUUCCAACGUUAACCCAGAAUUGAGAUUGUGAACUUUCUUGUUGGAUGUCAGAGGAGGUUUGCUACAUCAGUGUAUCUGGACCUGCGUUUUCAUCAACAAAUAGUUCUUCCAGGCAUCACAUACACGGUUUGGUGUUUCAAAGAAAAGAAAGAGAUAAAAAUGAUGUACAAUGGAGCAUCAGGAUUACAGGUUGCAUCAGGCAUUCAGGAGAGUCACAAAUCAGAUCUGCUUAGUUCAGUGGUCUUAAUUUCUUGCCAAGUGACAAUCAGGAACUCUCACUGUUUCUUCAGAAGUUAGGUGUUCCAGUCCAGAUUUUCUUCGACUGCAAACAGUAGGCCUCAUAAACCUUGGUACCUGCGAUAAUGGAGCUGCUGCAAUAUUUCUAGUCUUGUUCCUACUAAUUUCAAGAUUAGGUUGGGGCCGUUCGUUAUAUUUAUAUAAAUGAUCGAUCAUUGCAACUUCCUUCUCCCUUUCUACCUGAUUUCAGUUUUUCCCAGUCAUUAUAAAGGUACCAGAGUUCACAAUUUAUAAUUGAAACAAAAAGGCACUUGAAUUCUUGAAGUAAAGUAACCAGGUAAUUCAGAAAACUGAUUAGGUUUUGUUGUGUAAUGUCUCUGUUUUGAGUAUCCAUGUGGAUAUGGUUAAUUCUUUUUCUUCUAGUUUUUGGUUGAAAUGAUCAAUUCAUUUAUCAAAUGAAUCCUGACAACCAAUAUGCUUAUUUAUGGUUUAAAUGUUUACUUUGUCAUAUUUAAUCUCUCUUUACAAAGGGUUACUAAACUAUCUAAUUGUUUUAUAGAGAACAGAUUGUCACAUUUACUUACAGUCGAAUCUGUUUUCCCUAGAUGAACGCUUCUCACCCUAGUCGCAAAAUUCAAAGAACACACUGUUUCACAGAGAUCUUCUUCAUUAGGACUGAUAUGGACAAGCAUUAGAGUUUUUGAGUCCUGUCCUGAGAAUAAAAUAAAUCAAUAGUUAAACCAUGCUGAUAUAACUAUAAAAAGUAGAAAUAAUUUAUAUGUGAAGCAUGCAUAAAAAUGUUAUGUAUAUCUGAAAAUGAAAUUCUUGCCAUCUCUGGCGGUGGCUUUUUCUUAAAAUAGUUUCCAUGAUGGAUAUAACUAUUUGAUGUAUGCAUAUAGUUUACUCCAAGAGACUCGUUAGUGGUGGCAGAACAAUAUUGUAGUAAAAUUUGGAGUAGGGCACAAUCUUUUUUUCAUAAAUAAGUAGGGCAUGUUCUUGUCUCUUGGUCAUUACAAAUAAGGAUGACACUGGAGUCCGGUGAGGUAAAAGGUAUUACCAAGGGAAUCCUUAAGAACCUGCGUCAGCUUGCUAUUCCUGUCAUUAGUGAAAAAUGAAUCAGUUAUCAUUUAGGGAUGAGUUCAUAAUGUUGCAGCAGAUUUAGUAAUUACUAAUUAGCCAUACAAGACAAGUAAAUAUUAACUGCUGAGGUGUUAUAUCAUAUUAGUUAUUACAUAAAAAGAAGCUGAAGAGUAGAAAAUUUGUUAGUAUCUUAAUCACACCAAGAGUGAUCUUUGAGAGAUUUAAUUUCUCAAUCAAGUUGGAGGGUAUAGCUUCAAUAAAAAAAUAACACAAAGGGACAUCUACUACCGACCCCAAGUAGUAGGGAUCAAUGAACAAUGAUUAAUUGUAUUUCUGUUACCUAUAAGGUACAUGGCUUUUUCUAUUUUGAAGGGCACUGAUGACAUCUCCAAGAGAGGAAAGUGACAAGUUAAUGGCCUUUCCUUCUUCUAGUCUUCUACCCCAUGCCUUUGUUUUCAACAAACGCUCGCUUCCUCCAAGAUCAACAAACCAAACUUUAUUUGUUUCCCUUCGCCUCUCAGGUGCUCCACUACAUGUGAUUGAUAUGCGAAUCAAGCUACCAAAACAGGAACAUAAAGUUUUAGAAACAUAAUAAUAUUGUUUCUAGAUACCAAGUUCCAAAACCAGUAACCAGAGCUGAAGACAUACUAAGUCAGCAAGUUUCUUAUUAUAGAAAGUGGUUACCAGUGUGAUCUGCUGGAAGUACUGUUACAAUUUGUUGAUGCAGUUGACCUGAACCGGCACCCUAGUUUAUAUAGUUUCAAAGCUUGGUUGAAGUCACUCACUUGAAUAGCCACAAGGUUUUCAAUUUCAAUCCCACCAUUUGGAUCUGAUUGGAUUGAUAGGCUGUUGAAGUAAAAGUAGGAUUACUCUAUAAGGCAAUGUUUAGCACUGCUAACAAAUCGAACUUAACCCAGUAAAUUUUACAUGUAUUUAAGAGACCAUGAGAGGUUUAAUUGAGCGAAAUUAGCUUCCAUCGUUUCCUCCUCUUGACGGGAAUUAGCUAUACCUGACAGUUAGUGCUGCCUCUGAAAAUUUUUCUUCUCCCACUUUUGCUUUGAAAUUCUUUGACUAAUAAAGAAUCGUGCUACUUCAAGCAUAUAGACUUGGGACUAAUUAUUUGAUGCGGUCAUAUUUUCAGACAUGAUAUGGCAGGUAUGGAAUUCCUCACCCUCCUCCAAUAUAGUGAAGAAAGAGGUCAAACUAAGUUCAUUGAACUUGGUCAAAUUUGUAAACUCUAGAAUGUUACAGGAGGUAUAAGUUAUAACAAGUUGGUACGAGAACAUAUUAAUCAUCUUCACCUAUGUUAUUUUUUUAAGCUGCCACCAUACACGAAAAGCUUACGCACUUAAGAAUGGGCCAACAAUGUAUAUCAAGCUAACUUCCCUCACAUGUAGACUUGGAGAGGGAGACAAUUGCAGAUAUGGAGAAACAUAUAGGUGCAGCUCCAUCAUGCACCUUGCAAGCUCCAUCAUGUACCUUGCAAGUCAACAGACAAGUGGGGAAUGGUUAUUGGAGGUUUCAAACUCACAGCCUCCUACAACCAGAAAUAGGAUACCUACUAGAGAAUCACUCUGAAGGCUUAAAUGGACUAUAGAGAGGAGGAACAUUGAGAAAAAUAUCAGAUUUUGGUCAUCUUUAUGGAUAUCUCUCUGAUAUUCCUCUAGAUUGUAAGGCUGCAGACUGCGAUGUGUUAGUGCAGAUUAGUUAAAGAGUGCAAGGGAAUCCAAGUAUUAUUUUUAGUUUGGUUACAUUUGGUAGGCCUGUCCAUUCCCACUUUGUUUCCUGUAUGUUUUCUGUGUGGUCUCCUUGUCCGAAGAGUUGUUUUUUUGUUAGCAUUAAUAAAAAUUAUGUUCGUCUUUUCUUGAAA